AUGCUUUCUCCCUUUAUUCAAAAUUGUCGAUCAAGGUCCAGAUGCUUUCUGCCUUUCCUCAGAUUUGUCGUUCAAGGUCCAGAUGCUUUCUGCCUUUACUCAGAUUUGUCGUUCAAGGUCCAGAUGCUUUCUGCCUUUACUCAGAUUUGUCGUUCAAGGUCCAGAUGCUUUCUGCCUUUACUCAGAUUUGUCGUUCAAGGUCCAGAUGCUUUUCUGCCUUUACUCAGAUUUGUCGUUCAAGGUCCAGAUGCUUUCUGCCUUUACUCAGAUUUGUCGUUCAAGGUCCAGAUGCUUUCUGCCUUUACUCAGAUUUGUCGUUCAAGGUCCAGAUGCUUUCUGCCUUUACUCAGAUUUGUCGUUCAAGGUCCUUUACCUUUACUCAGAUUUGUCGUUCAAGGUCCAGAUGCUUUCUGCCUUUUACUCAGAUUUGUCGUUCAAGGUCCAGAUGCUUUCUGCCUUUACUCAGAUUUGUCGUUCAAGGUCCAGAUGCUUUCUGCCUUUACUCAGAUUUGUCGUUCAAGGUCCAGAUGCUUUCUGCCUUUACUCAGAUUUGUCGUUCAAGGUCCAGAUGCUUUCUGCCUUUACUCAGAUUUGUCGUUCAAGGUCCAGAUGCCAACCAGUGUUUAUAAUCGUCUAGUAACACUCUCUUUCUUUCUAUCUUUAUCUCUCUCUCUCUCUCUCUCUCUCUCUCUCUUCCGGGUAAGUGUCAAUACAUUCUUUUUCUUCUUCUUGGACGAGAACCUUGCUCAGAAUAAAUAUUCUAGUCUUUCUUUCUCUUCUCGUUGUUCUUUUUUCAUUUCUCUUUUUCUCUGUUCUUUUUUCUUCGUCUUUCUUUUUUCAUCGUCUUUCUUUUUCCUUCUUUUUUCCUAUUCCUUUUGUUGUAACCGGGAACUAAGAAAACGAAAGCAUCAUUUCAGCCAUUAUUCAGACACGGAAGUACGGUUUGUGACACCCUUUUUUUUUCUCUAUUCUUCAUUGCAUUAUCUUUUUCCUCUUUUCUUUUUACUUCUUUUUUUUUUUUUUUUGCUUCUUGUUUCUUUCUUUUUCUUCUAUUCCACGCAAUUUUCCAUCACAUUCUCUUUUCCUUCCCUCUGCUGUCUUUUCAUAUUCACUUCAUUAGUUCUUCUUUUAUGUGCUGUGUCUCUUUAG